AUGGAGUCCCAGACUCAGAACCUCGAGACAAGAUGGAGUUCGACCGCUAGCAACAAGACCGUUUCUUUUAAUACUGGAUGCAAUGCUGAGGAUUAUCUGUUAGAAGAUAGUGGCUAUGGUUCCGAGAUUAUGAAUCUAUUUGACGGCGAGCAUCCAAAGACUGGAGGGCUACGCGAGGGAAAAGAAUUUGUUGGCAUUGACAUUAAUGGAGAGAGUGAUGGGAAUCAUUCCUUCAUGAAAGAUUUUCUUUUCAGACGCAUUCCCAACUUGCUGGACAUCAUUUCUGAGACAAACAAUGAAUCUUUUAUCAAGCUUGGAACUAGGACUUCGGAUUUUCAGAUCGACGGGCUACGAUUGAAAUCGUUUGACUCAAUAUUAUAUUGGAUCUUUCAUGAUAAGAUGCCGCCAAACCUUCCCCAACCAAGUGAGCAUGGUUGGGACCCCGCAUUGCUUUGGUACUUUGCCGCAGAGCUCGAACUACCUGAGCUACAGGAUCUCAUCAUGGAUGCAUGGAGGAGGGUCGAAAGUAAGCCCGGCAUGGUCGAAGACCCGGCCGUGUACUACCUCUAUGUGCAGAAGAACUUCGACGCAGGUCCACAAGGAGACUAUUUACAGGCUCGGUUACAGAGCCUCCGAACAAAUAUGCGUUCAAAAGUUUUCACUUACAAAGAACUUGUUCGAAGUCUCGGUGAGAAGAAGGAAAGGACUGCGAGCUCUCAUACGGCAAGUUGUCAGCUUCGUAUCUCCGAUGCUGAAGAUAAGUUCGUUUCUGUACGGAGCACUUGA